AUGGCUGACAACAAAGUCUACUGGAACCACUAUGCACCAUUUUACGCUCAUUGGACAUAUCAACGCAGCUCAGAUGGUGUCACGGGAAAAUGGUUUCGGUUUCUCGUGACAGCUGCCUCACGCGAGGAUGCAAAGACCUUCUUCAGGGGCGUGGAAAGAUAUUCGAAAACAAAGGAUGCGAACAUUGUUUCUGUCAAGGCAGUUAAUUUGGCUUGGUGGACCUACGACAUCAGCGGUGGCAGCGGCUGGAAUAUUAUGUCCCUUGUCCAAAACAUUGAUCAGAUGAAUGCAUCUGCCUAUGGAGAUAUCGAUGAAUUGCGCGACAGCCGGGGCAAGAUCCUUGUCUCUAUUCUAAAUGAUGCGGAUGGUGGUAGCAGGUCCUGGCCGAUACUGCCUACCCAAGAUGUCUCUCUCAGUGACUAUCAACAUGGUUGA